AUGGCUCAAGAUUACUUUGGAUUCUCCUUCAUAAGGAGCAAUGCAAGAAACAACAGCACCACUGUGGCACUUAACAACCCAGCAGAUAUCUCCGUUAUUGUGAUUUACUUUUUGGUUGUCUUGGCUGUUGGAGUAUGGGCUAUGGUUCGCACCAACAGAGCCACUGUCGGUGGCUUCUUCCUUGCAGGGAGGAGUAUGGUGUGGUGGCCGAUCGGAGCAUCACUCUUUGCAAGCAACAUUGGCAGUGGCCACUUUGUAGGAAUCGCUGGGACUGCUGCAGCUGCAGGAAUAGCCAUCGGUGGAUUCGAAUGGAACGCUCUUAUUGUGGUCGUCAUCCUGGGAUGGCUCUUUGUGCCCAUCUACAUUAAAGCUGGGGUGGUCACCAUGCCUGAGUACCUGAAGAAGAGGUUUGGAGGACAGCGUAUUCGCAUCUAUCUCUCUGUGCUGUCCCUAUUCCUGUAUGUUUUCACUAAGAUCUCAGCAGACAUGUUCUCUGGCGCCAUUUUUAUCAACCAGGCUCUUGGGUUGAACAUCUACAUUGCUAUUGUCAUGCUACUACUGAUUACUGCUUUGUACACCGUCACAGGUGGAUUGGCUGCAGUGAUCUAUACAGACACCUUACAGACCGUCAUCAUGAUUGUCGGAUCAUUCAUCCUUAUGGGCUUUGCUUUCCAUGAGGUGGGAGGCUAUGAACGCUUCCAGGAGCGCUACAUGGAGUCCAUUCCUUCCAUCACGAGUAACAUCAGUGCAAGCUGCUAUGAGCCUCGGGCAGACUCCUUCCAUAUUUUUAGGGAUGCAAUUACAGGAGACCUGCCGUGGCCCGGCCUGGUGUUUGGGCUCACCAUUCAGGCCACCUGGUACUGGUGCACUGAUCAGGUCAUUGUCCAGCGCUGCCUCUCAGCCAAGAAUUUAUCUCAUGUUAAGGGAGGCUGUAUCUUAUGUGGCUACCUAAAGCUGCUGCCUAUGUUCCUCAUGGUUUUCCCUGGGAUGAUCAGCAGGAUCCUCUAUACUGAUGAGGUGGCGUGUGUGGACCCAAGUGAAUGUGAAAAAUACUGUGGGGCUAGUGUGGGCUGCACCAACAUUGCGUAUCCCAAAUUGGUGGUGGAUCUCAUGCCUGAUGGUCUGCGAGGUCUUAUGCUAUCUGUGAUGCUGGCCUCUCUGAUGAGCUCUCUUACCUCCAUCUUCAACAGUGCCAGUACUCUCUUUACAAUGGACAUCUACACUAAGAUUCGCCGCUUCGCCAGUGAGAGGGAACUCAUGAUUGCCGGCCGAGUGUUUAUCUUGGUCCUGAUUGGUGUGAGCAUAGCAUGGAUCCCUGUGGUGCAGUCAGCCAGUAGUGGUCAGCUCUUUGACUACAUCCAGUCCAUCACCAGCUACCUCACACCACCUGUUGCAGCUGUCUUCAUGCUUGCCAUCUUCUGCAAACGUGUCAAUGAAGCUGGUGCAUUCUAUGGCCUUAUUAUUGGCCUCUUUAUCGGACUGUCCAGGAUGAUAGCUGAGUUCUCGUAUGGGACAGGCAGCUGUGGUAAUCCCAGUGACUGCCCCACCAUCAUAUGUGGAGUCCACUACCUCUACUUUUCUAUCAUCCUGUUUGUUGUCUCCUGUGUCAUCAUCCUGGGAGUUUCUCUAAUGACCAAACCCAUCGAGGACAAGCAUUUGUAUCGACUCUGCUGGAGCCUGAGGAACCGGACGGAGGACAGAGUGGACCUUGAACAGGAUGACUGGGUUGAUAACAACAAUUCCGACAAUAUGGACGUAAUAGAACCUGAGGAGGAGCCCGGCUUGUGCAAGAAGGCAGUGAUGUGCUUCUGUGGCCUGGAGCAGAAGAAAGCCCCCAAGCUGAGUCUAGAGGAGCAGAAGGCACUGCAGAAUAAGCUCACAGACAUCACAGAGGUGCCUCUAUGGAGGAACGUUGUCAAUACCAACGCGAUCAUCCUCCUGUGUGUGGCUGUUUUCUGUCAUGGUUUUUUCGGUUAAAGAAACUCAACUGACACCAGUUACUCUUGGAUACUGUAGAUUAUUUUCAACUGACAGGAUUUUACAUGAAAGUAAUUUAUGACCAAAAAAAACUAGACAGUAGCCACACUGCACUUGCAGACAGUUUUACACUCUAUCACUAUCAUAAUUACGUAUGUAUGUUGUGUAUGGCUACUGAACUCUCACAGGACAUAAAAUGUAUUUUUACUAAGUAUGUGCCUGCCUAAAACUCAGAAAAUAUUCCAUUACUGUACACAGGUCUAAUGUAAACCUUUUUAGGGCAUAUGAUUUUUUUAUAAUUGUUCAUCGGUUAACUUUUUCUGCUAUUUUGCAGCUGACGUAAACCAGCAAACCAUAUAAUAUAUUAACAUGUGUUGCACUUCAAACACAUUAGUAUUGUGCAUAAACAUUCACACAUCAGUAUGGUACAAAUUGUUCUGACCCCCCUGCACAACUGUAGAUCUUCCGGUGUUAGCUGGGAGUUUUCUUUCUUGUUUUUACUGUUGCUUUUAUGAGUGUAACCAUAAUGAGAGAGGGAAAGAGUUUUAUCAGGUCCUCAAUAAAAUCAUUAAAAUGUUUUUAGCAUUUGCAGUAAGGACUGUAAAAUUGGAUCAUAGUGACUACCCCUUCUGAAAGUUUCUUUACUGUUCCAUAGACUUUCUAGUUUGCAUGUAAGUGGCAUGUAAGCGACAUGACCCAGGCUCAUUUUUGGAACGUUUUUUUGUGUGUUUUAAGUCAUGCAUGUUUCCUUAAAUCAUAAAAAAGAGAGAGCAUGUGAAAAUACCAGUGAAUUACCUUUAAUACAUAAUAAAUGGUCUCUGAGUACAAAAUAGAAGAUUUUAUAGGUAAUGAUAAAAACUGUAUUUGCUACCUCAUUCUAACUAAGCCCUUGUUUUCUCUGUCAUGUGUGCUCAAAGUCCAUGAGAUCUGUCACUUCGUAAAUCUAGGCACAUUACUGUAUGUUAUUUUAGGUGUUAAUGAAUAAAAACAUCUCAGGGAAGAAGGUUUGUGAAUAACUCAGAGUCACAGAGACUCUCUUUACUUCCCUCUGGUGGUUCAUUGUUGUUCCUGCUGAAAAU